CCCGAGGGCGCGUGGCGGAGAGACGGACUCCUAGUAGUAGUUAGUAGUAGCGAGAGCCGCGUGCCGAACAGUUGUCCCCAACUUGCUCGUGUUCGUCGGUUUCCCCGUUGCCGCCCCGCAGCGGAAAGAGGAUACGCGCCGAGCGAUGACCAUGCCUCCUACAGAGCGCAGUUUCGGAUUCGUCGUGCACCACCAGCUGCACCAGAGCAAGGCGGAGAGUCGAAGGGCUUCCAAGCCGUUGAUGGAGAAGCGCCGGCGGGCUCGGAUCAACCACAGCCUGGCGCAACUCAAAAGCCUACUGCUGGACGGAAGCAGCAAGAAGGAAUCUCAGAACCCUCGCAAUGCCAAAUUGGAAAAGGCUGACAUCUUGGAAAUGACCGUGCGGCAUCUACAGGGCAUUCACCAGGGUCACCAUCUGCCUCCGACGCAUGCCAUGGAAGUCCGGUUCCAAGAAGGAUUUGCCGAGUGUGCCCGCGAGGUGUCCCGCUUCGUGUGCAACUCGGACGUGGACGACUCCCUUCGGUCUCGGCUCCUGGGACACUUGGCUUCCUGUCUGGCUUCCUUGCAUACCGAGGUACAGCCAACGGACGCCAUGGACGCUGAAGAGAGCGGCGUUGCCAGGGCCGCCUUGCACGCUUCGUCGACGACUUCCGCCGCGAACGCUACCUCCCACGUCACCACGUCUGCCAUGGCUGCUAGUCGUGUCAUCGUCAAGCAAGAGGUCCCGGACGGCGAUAACCCCGCCGGCUCUCAUUACGCUGUUGCGAGUCAUCACCACCACCCCUGCUUCGCAAACGGUGAUCUGCCCAGUCUGCCCGUGUCCAGUCCUCUGAACCUGGCCACAGGAAGUCGCUCCUCAGCCUGUUCCACGUCUUCUUCCUCCGGCGUCAGUGCACCGGCUAGCCCCUUCAGCGACUCAGAGUCGACCACGUCGGCUGCCAGUGACGACAACUACGUGGCCGAACUGGAACGACACACGUUCGGCGUCAUACGUCGGGCCCCGGCCGCUAUGUUCGGAGACCCCGUCUGGAGGCCCUGGUAGCGACCGUUGAUGAACUUGUCCAACACUCAUCGCGCUGUGCCAAAUACAUUACGAUGUCGUGUGCCUGUUACGUUUUGACCUCAUUCCGUGCAUCUGGUCAGUCUACUGUGUUUGCCUAAGAGAACGCAUUAUCGCGACAGCGAUGGACGCGAUGUGUCAUGAUUCUGUACGAGACCAAUCUGAAAAGCUUGGUGUGUACAUUCGAUGCUACUACAGGCUUGUUCGGGCGUGGGCUCAGAAUGGAACGAUGCAGUCAGUUAGUCGUCGACAGCGAUCCCAAUGUUCGGUGGCGUAAAUUAUUGCUCAAUAACAUCCUUUAGGGUGCUACCUUUAGACGUCCGUACUGAUGUUGCUUGUAUAGUUGAAAACAAAUAAUGUUAUGCACCCUGUUUUCCACUAAUGAGGCUGAGUUUUCGUUCAUUGUAGUUGAAGAAACUCGCAUACCUGCAGUGUCACGUUCGGUGGUUGUGACCAGUUGUUAAAUGUAAGGGUGUAAUAACUCAACUGAUGUUUCAGAUGGCUGUCAAACACUUUCCUAGCAGACAUAUCAAGGUUUAACAGCACGAACAUAAAACACGGGUCGAUUUUAACUAGGCACUUUCAUGUUUGCUGGCAGCAUGCAGGGCAAAAAACAUUGAUGUGUAGUGAUUAGCAGUGCUGAAUUUCGACUGUACCAAAGAUUUUCUCGGACUGUGGCUAACGUUUAAAUCGCUAAUACCGCUGCCUUUGACCAUGUAGCCAACAUGAUAGGAGGUCAUGGCUUUGAAUUAUCGUUUGUAUUUUGAAGAAAUGAGCAACUUCGCCUGAAUGUUUUUGUCAGAAGAAAAUGCGUCUUUUAGCGUGUAAACUUUAUCUUACAUUCCGAUCAUUCUUGUUGACACUUCUCUCAAAUUUAUGUGGAUGAUUUCAUCACAACCUCUCUCAGAACAUUCCUUAGCGAAGGUGCAAUUUCACUGCUGCUUUCUCUUCCUCUGAAUCAUCUUGCGCUGUCGCUGUCUUAGCGUCUCUUUAUCUUGUUUUUAAAAAGAAACGUUCUUUCUACAAAGCCCUAUGUAAAUUCAAUCGUCAAUUCUUUUUCAACCAGUUGCUUCAUAUACAAUAAGCCAAGCAGGGCUUCUGAUUAUUAUGUACUUCAUAUUGAAUUUAUGCUCAGUAACCUGAAUAUUUCUCUUUAUGAUAUGUCUUGUGCUUUCUUGAAUGCCGAAAUGUACAGCCGGAGAAGUGGACUAGAUUAUGUUUUUUUAAUAAUCUAAUAGUGCAUAUGUCAGACGGGCGUAUGCAAUUACUUGCGCUGAUAAAAUUGUUGAAAACGUUGAUAAAACAUUCUACAGCGAUCAACAUUUUGGCUUGCUAUUAAUCGCUGCACUCUGAUGACACGCAGUAUACCAAUAUUCGAAUCGCGCCUUUCAUUGGUUAACAUGCUCGAGGUUAGAGUAAGAAAACGGCCCAGCACAGCCAUCGUUAACUCAAAAAUUACAUCGGGGAAUUAUUGAUGUACCUCUUUAAAGGCAUACAUAGUUUAGUUUCGUUGCUAUUACUGAAGAGUGUUUACUCAGGUUCCUAGCUAUUAGUACUGCACAACCUCGAAGAUCAUUUUGCUCGAUCUUGUUUAUUUUUUGAGACCAUAGAUGCUUGCUGAAACGACUCUCCAUAUGCUAUGUGUACGGUGGUCCAUUCCAUAUGCGCAGCACAUGAUGGAGAACUUCCUUUUUAAACAGCCAUGACACCCGUCCACAAACUGGAGCGUAUCUUUUGUAUCAUAUGUACAGCGUCUCUUUGAAAUGCUCGCACCAAACUUAAUUUUAUACGAAGAUUGUACAUACGCUACUUUUGAAGUGUAGAGUUCCUAUAGUACCGAUGUGUGUGUUUGUGUCUUUGUUAAGUAUUCGUUAAGUUAUAAAAGUCAAUCGCGCUUCAUGUUUCAUUAUGCAUUCCUGAAAAGAAGUGCCUUUUCACCGAUUGCCAUAUACCUUGUGUCACAACGAAAAUGCGCACAAAAAAAAUUAUUCAUGUGUUGAAUAAACGCCAUGUGUUUCUGCACAAGAAAAGUGAAA